AUGGCAUCAUCGUCGUCGUUGUCUACACAAUCCACCCCAUCUUCUUCAUUGUUAUCGAUAUCAGCUAAACCUAUUAUUACAAAAACAAUAUCGAACAAAGGACGAGAUAUGUUAGUUAUCGAUGGAUUCGAAUUUCAAUUGAAAAAUUCUGCCAAAACUAUACAGAUUUGGCGUUGUGCUAACAGAGAUUGUGGUGUUAUUUUGCAUACAAAUAUUCAUAAUGAAUUUUUACGUUAUUCUGGAAAAAGUACGGAACAUUGUCAUUUACCAAAUACAGCCCGAGUAGAAGUUCGCAAUGUUAAACAGUUAAUGCGAGAGCGUGCCAAAAAUGAUUUAGCACCAUUACAACAAAUCGUUGAGCAAGAAGUGAGAAAAGCAUUGUUAACAGCAGAAGCUCUUGCAUUAUUGCCCAGUCAUACAUUACUGCAAUUUCGUCGUAAAAUGACUCCUAUUCUUCCAGAUUCAUCGUCAUUUGUUAUUCCACUUCAAUAUACAAGAGAUUAUCAUAACAAUCAGAGAUUAUUACUUCAUGAUAGUGAUGAUCCUCUAUUUCGAAAUAGUCAAGCUGUACAACCACGUGGAAGAGUAUUAGUUUGGUCGUCGGAUACUCAACUCGAGCUGUUGUUCGAUAGCGAUCGCGUAUUUAUGGAUGGCACAUUUAGUACAUGCCCACCUCACUUCGACCAAGUGUAUAUCAUACAUGGAAUUGUACAUGACACAUGUUUACCGGUGGUCUAUGCUCUACUUCCGGAUCGUUUUGCAAGUACAUAUGUGUAUUUAAUCAAUGUCUUGUUUGCUGAAGCAGCUCGAUUAAACAAAAAAUUUGAACCGUCGCUGAUAAUGAGCGACUUUGAACCUGCUCUUGCAAAAGCAGUUACGCUUGAGGUACUAUUUUUUAUCACACCAACCCUCGCUUUUAAUUGA